GUUGCUCGUUCACCAUGCUGCAGCAGUUCGCAGCUUGUUUUGUGUUUACAACGCUCUAAACGUGUGUUUCAAGUGAAAAUUGAAAAAAAAAAACAAACGGUUAACAUUCGUUCUAAAUAUUUAUCGCACACUCAUACACUACGUGAAAUGGUGAACGAACAUCGCGAAGCUAACAACAAACUAGCUGGCUAUGAGUUCUAUCAUCGCGUGCUCGGCUCACCGCGCUACAUUGUCGCACCGAUGGUGGAUCAAAGUGAGCUCGCGUGGCGCAUGCUCUGUCGCCGUUAUGGUGCUCAGCUUUGCUACUCACCGAUGUUCCAUGCGAAUCUGUUCGCCAACGACCUCAAGUACCGAAAGGAUGCUCUGCAAACCUGCACCGAGGACAGGCCAUUGAUAAUACAGUUCUGUGGUAAUGAUCCACAGCAGAUAUUGGAGGCAGCGCUGGCGGCACAGGAUUACUGCGAUGCAGUGGAUAUUAAUCUGGGCUGUCCGCAAGCGAUUGCCAAGCGUGGACAUUACGGCUCCUUCUUGCAGGAUGAGUGGGAGUUGCUGACACAGAUUGUGCGCACGCUGCACGAGAAGCUAUCGGUGCCGGUGACCUGCAAAAUACGUCGUUUCGAGGAUCGCGAAAAGACAAUUAACUAUGCCAAAAUGCUCGAGGCUGCCGGCUGUCAACUGCUGACGGUGCACGGCAGGACGCGGGAACAAAAGGGUCCGCUAACGGGCAUUGCAGACUGGAGCUACAUUAAGGAUGUGCGGCAGCAGGUCAAGAUACCCAUGUUUGCCAAUGGUAACAUUUUGGGGCUAGACGAUGUGCAUCGUUGUUUGGAAGAGACGGGCGUCGAUGGCGUCAUGACAGCCGAAGGGAAUUUGCACAAUCCCGCACUGUUCAAGGGCAUCGCACCUCCUGUUUGGCAAAUGGCCACCGAAUACUUGGAAUUUGUGCAUCUGUAUCCCUGUCCGACAUCCUAUAUACGCGGCCAUCUCUUCAAGCUCUUUCAUCAUAUCAUGAAUGUUAAACAAAACUCGGAAUUACGGGAGCAACUAGCGACGGCGAAUCAGCUGGAACAAUUCCAAAGUGUGGUGGCCAAAAUCAGGGACAAAUAUGAACCGUAUCAGUCGGGCAAAGUUACUUACGAACCGGAAGAAAUGGAGAUCAACAUGAGCGCUGACGGCUCUGAGGAGCUGCCCGCGUUGCCUCCUUGGCUCUGCCAGCCGUAUAUACGCGCUUCGCCGGAAUCGCAUCGCCAGAAAAUCGCCGAGAAGGAACGUGAUGCCAGUGAUCCGAAUCGCGCUAAGCGACAGUAUUUCGAUAAUGCCGGCAACGAAAUCUCGCGAAAACGCAUGAAGAAGCUGCGAAGGCGCCAGCGGCGACCGAACAAAACGGAGGCACAAAUUCAGCUACGGCAUGAACGACAUUUGGAGUACUGCACACAAUGCGCCAAUCCGUUGGGUUCCAAAUGCGAGUUUCGAUUGUGUCGCAUCUGCUGUCGCGAUAAGUGUUAUGCUGAGGACUCCGAUUGUCCGGGUCAUGGCAUAUUGAUAAAGUCACGCCGUGCAAAGGCCAAGAAAUUUGAGGAGCAUUCCAAGCAACAAAAUAAUAAUGGGACACCGACGGAGGAAACUUCGCUAAGCAUUGAGAAUGUAGCUUUAGGUGGGAAUAUUUCUUGAUAUUUUCAUUUUGUACAUUUGCGAAAAUUUGUAUCAUCUACAAAUAUGGGAAAAUACUUUUUUCUGUUGUUCCUAUGCUCUUCUGUGCAAAUAAACAAAAAUCUUAUU